AGAAAAAUAAUGUCCAUACCGCAGUACAAGCCACCAAAAGACAUUCAAGACUUGUUAGACAAAAAGGAGCAGCAGCAGCCACAACAACCUGGUCGGCGCCGUCGUACAGCCGUGCUGCCCAAGCGCACUUGGAUACAGCGAAACCCGCGACUGUUUCAGAUCAGUUUCCUGACGAGCUCGCUACUCAUAUUCUUCUCCAAGCCCAUUUACGACGCGUUCAUAGCAGAUCCCUUGCCUCCCAGUGAGAUUCGUGUGCCGCCGCACAAACGUUAACGUUGAGGAAUGGAAUC